AUGCCCAGGAAGGAGCUGGGGCUGGGGAUGGCUGGCUGCAACUCGGGCAGCUGCGACAGCAUGGUCAGCACGGCCUCCAACCACUCGCAGCGCAGUGAUAACAGUUAUGACUACUUAUCUGUGGAAGAGAAAGAGCGUUUGAUGUUCUUAGAAGAAACUAUUGGCUCCCUGGACACAGAAGCAGACAGCGGGGUCUCUACCGACGAGACCGACUACGUGGAGCCCUCCAAGCUGCCCGGGACGUGGCCUAAGAGAGACACUGUUGCCCAAGAUUUGGAAAACGGGGCUCCCCCUCUGAGCGUAGGUCAGCAGCGUGCGGCUGAACAGAAGAGUGGUAAGAACAUCUCCACCUUCUCAAGCUCAGCUCCAGCAGCAGCUCCAAGCCCAGGCUAUCACAGCCUUCCAAGGAGCAUCACAGCAGCGAAUGCACAAAGAGCAAAUGGAGCUUCUGAUGGCAAAGCGACUGCCCGCACGGUGGAGGACCCAGUGCUGCUAGGUCAGUCUUCACAGGAGAUGGCCAAGGAGGACAGGCUUGACCAAGCCAAUGCAAGAAGCCAGAUGAAGCCCCUAGAAUCUUUGAUUAUCCAACCUCCAGAUCCCUUCCAGGAUGACCUGGUGAGCCAUGAGUGGUCACGUAGCAAUCGCUCAGAUGCCAAGAGGAAAACAGCCAAGGAGACCAAGAGUUGGACUUCAUGGGGCCAGCCAGAGAAACCCAUGUUGGAAGAAGCUCCUCAGGACCCAGAUGCCAAGCGUGGGCCUCCAACUGCACCCAAGCCACGGAAAUUGCCACCAAAUAUUAUUUUGAAAACUAGCAAAAACAGCCCAGUGCCACUCGCCACAGAGCCUGGCCAGAAGGUAAAAGCACCACCGUCAUCCUUGGCCGGCUCUCAGCCUGGCUCUGCUGGCAACACUGCUGUCGAAAAGGCAAAUUCAGGGCACCUCGACCCCAAGGAGAGGGAGAAAGCCAGGCAGGAGGCAUUGGAGAAGCUUGGACUGUCACAGGACAGGAAGGAGCCCAGCACCCAUCUUCAACCUACCAUACAACCCCAAGCAAGGGAGAUGCCAUUCCCCGUUCCUGGAGAGCCCGAGGCACACUGCGAGGCAGCGGAGAGGUCGGUGCCAGGUAUCUGGCAGAUGAACUUCAAAUCCAACACCCUGGAGCGCUCCGGUGUGGGACUGAGCAGCUACAUGACCAGUGCCAAGGAGCAGAACAUCAAGACCAGCAACUCCCUGGGCAAGAUGUCCUUCAUCGAGCGGCUUGCCCCGAGCUUCCUCAGGAGCAGCCGCCCCCGGCCAGCAUCCCUCGGGACAGGGAAGGACUUUGCUGGUCUGAAGGAGCCCGAGCAAGCGGAACAGGAGAAGAGCAGCAAGCGGAGAUCCCACCCGCUGCAGAACUUCCCCAGGCCGCACCGCUCCUGCGUCAGCGUGAAGAUUUCCCCCAAGGGCACGACCGAUGAGAACCGGCGAGAGGCACUGAAGAAGCUCGGUCUGCUCAAGGAAUAG